AUGUCUCAGCAUCAUUCAUCGCCCUGGGAAGGGGUAGUCUUGGGUACUACAUCAGCCAUUUUGGCCAACACGAUUGUAUACCCUCUCGACAUUGUUAAGACUCGGUUACAAGUUCAGAUUCGCCAACACCCGCAAAACACCCCCGAUCAAGAGAAACAAGCAAUAAUAGAGAGCGCACCAAAAAGACAGGUGCAAUAUGAUGGAAUUCUCAAUUGCAUUCGUGAAAUCAUCCACGAAGAAGGUAUUCUUGGUCUCUACGGUGGUCUCGGAAGCUCUAUUCUAGGAACGGCUUCCAUGAACUUUGCCUAUUUCUACUGGUCCACAGCAGCACGAGGCUUUCAAGUCUCGACCUUCAAAAGAUACGGACUCUCGAACGCAAAUAGUAUUUCCAAAGAGCUACUUUUAGGUGCUGUCGGAGGUGCAUUGGCGCAAUUAUGUACCAACCCCAUUGCGGUGAUAUCUACACGACAGCAAACGCGGAAGGUUGAUGAGCCGAAACGAUCGAUAUGGGAGACAAUGCUUGACAUCAUUCGCAGUGACGGCUGGACGGGUCUAUGGCGAGGGCUGAAGGUCAAUUUGAUUCUUGUCAUCAAUCCCAUGAUCACAUAUGGUGUUUAUCAAUGGUUGAGGGAGGCGCUACUUGUUCUGAGGAAUGGAAAGGGACUCGGGUCUUUCGAUGCUUUUGUAUUGGGGGCUUUAUCAAAAGUUCUAGCGACCAUCGCCACACAUCCGUUGAUUGUCGCUAAGACAAUGCUCCAAUCCAAGCCACCAACUUGUCGGAAUGGUACUCCAUUUGCAGGAUUCACCGAAGCUCUUCUGUACAUUGUCAAAAACGAAGGCCUCUUCCGACUAUACAAAGGCCUGUUGCCACAGAUCAUCAAGGGCUUUUUGGUCCAAGGAUUAAUGAUGAUGCUGAAGGAAAGGUAUUUCCCCUUCGGUGGUAUCAGAGCAAGAGAAGGGAUCUAA